CUGUUUGAUCCACACACGGAGGAGUUGGCUGUGAGAAGUUUCCAGGACGCGUGCGUUCUUUCUGUCGUUUAACUUUUUCAUUUCUUUGCUGUGGAUAGUGAAACGGCGUGUCGGCACUUUUGGGUGAAAGCAGCCCUGCUGACCAUGUCUGUAAGCAAACAUGAGAACAGGAAGUCCCGCUCCAGCUCGGGCUCCAUGAACAUUCAGCUGUUUCACAAGCCCACACAUGCCGACAGCAUGCUGACGCACCUAAACCUGCUGCGUAAACGGCAGCAAUUCACAGAUGUGGUACUGCGGGCAGGGAGCCGCUCCUUCAACUGUCAUCGGGCGGUGCUGGCCUCAUGCAGCCGCUACUUUGAGGCUAUGUUUUGUGGUGGCCUCCGCGAGAGCCAGGAUCCUGAUGUCAACUUUCAUGACACACUUCAUCCUGAAGUUCUGGAGCUCCUCCUGGACUAUGCAUAUUCGUCCCGCAUUGUUUUGAAUGAGGAGAAUGCCGAGUCCCUGCUGGAGGCUGCAGACAUGUUGCAGUUUCACGACAUCAAAGACGCUUCUGCAGACUUCCUGGAGAAGAACCUGCACCCCAGCAACUGCUUGGGAAUGAUGCUCCUUUCUGAUGCUCACCAGUGUCAUAGGCUCUUGGAGCUGUCCUGGAGAAUGUGCCUGGCCAACUUUGCCACUCUGUCUAAGACUGAGGACUUUUUGAGUCUCCCCAAGGACAAGCUACUGGAACUGCUUCUAAGUGAGGAGCUGGAGGUGGAGGAUGAAAGCCUGGUGUAUGAGGCUGCCAUGGACUGGGUGAAGUACGACCUGGACUCUCGGCGCAGCUCUCUCCCUGAUCUCUUGCGUUGUGUGAGGCUGGCCUUGCUCCCUGAGCCAUUCCUUCGGAAGAAUGUGGCAUCGGAGGCACUGGUGGCAGGUCACAAGGUGGGCAGAGAAAUAGUUGAAGAUGCCAUGCAGUGUAAGUUAAAGGUCUUGCAAAAUGACGACCUAGUGACUGGCUUUUGUGCCCGACCCCGCAAAGUCAGUCAGGCCUUAUUGCUGCUUGGAGGGCAGACACUUGUUUGUGACAAAGUGUACACAAUCGACCAAGUGACCAAGGAGAUUGUGCCCAAGACGGAUAUCCCUAGCCCUCGCAAAGAAUGUAGCGUUUGUGCUAUUGGUCGCAGGGUGUAUAUGACUGGAGGGAAGGGCUCUGAGAAUGGUGCAUCCAAAGAUGUGUGGGUAUACGACACCCUCCAUGAUGAGUGGUCCAAAGCAACACCGAUGUUGGUUGCCAGGUUUGGCCAUGGGUCGGCUGAAUUAGACUAUAUGCUGUAUGUAGUAGGUGGCCAUACAGCACUCACUGGCUCCUUCCCUGCCUCUCCUUCUGUGUCUCUCAAGCAAGUUGAACAGUAUGACCCUCAGACUAACAAAUGGUCCCUCAUGGCCCCACUGCGUGAGGGUGUCAGCAAUGCUGCGGUCGUUGGUGCGAAAGGGAAGCUGUUUGUCUUUGGAGGUACCAGCAUUAGCCAUGACCGCCUGCCCAAGGUGCAGUGCUUUGAUCCUGGAGAAAAUAGGUGGACUGUCCCAGCAACUUGUCCCCAGCCCUGGCGCUACACAGCCGCUGCUUCUGUGGGAAGCCAUCUUGUGGUGAUUGGAGGGGAUACUGAAUUUUCAGCCAGCUCUGCUUAUCAUUUCAACAGUGAAAACUUUCAGUGGGUCAAGUUUGGUGAUGUUGUGGCCCGGCGAAUAAGCUGUCAUGCUGUGGCUUCAGGCAACAGACUGUAUGUGGUGGGUGGCUACUUUGGUGCUCAAAGAUGUAAGACUUUGGACUGUUACGAUCCUGUAACAGACUCCUGGAGCAGCGUCACCACUGUCCCUUACUCCCUCAUUCCAACUGCUUUUGUCAGCACGUGGAAGUAUCUGUCAGCAUAGUGUCCUUGGAGAUCCCAGGAAUGUGCAACUGGAAUGUGGCGGUCACACCAGGCUGGGAUUGACUAGAAGUUCCCAGAAGCUCAAAAGUGCCUCUGUGUGUGUGCAUGCCCGCACAAUCACCAAGAGUGGCCAUCCCUUUCAGGCCAGAUGCCCUGGUGUCCUUCCACCCAUUAGUGAACAAUCAGAGUGCAGGACAGAUUUAUCUCGGAAGCACCACAAAGACGGCUCUUGGAAAUGCAGGGCGGUGUUAUUUAAGAGUGCUGUUCAGUCCUCUAGGAGGCACCAGGAGGACACGUCUCAGGAAAUUUGAGCUGUGCCCCAGCCCCCUUGGCAUAUAUUUUAUUUCUUUGCUAAUCUCAGGGUAGUGUGGUGGUGUCCUUCUUUUUGUUUACUUUUUUCGGGUUGUGACUGAAGCUCCCGUGCUUCAGAGACCCACUUUGAUGAAUGUCAUUUUGGAUCAGUAGCCGCUUUCUAAUCUGUGUAUUUGAAAUUUAAAUUGCGUUCAUUGCUGCUGCUGCUGUCACGAAAUGUUGAAUGGAAUUAAAAGCUGAUUGUGGCUCAGGUAAACCAA